GUCAAGGUUUAAAAUAAUUUAGCCUGGGCUGAAGAACGAAGACCAAACAACCCGUUUGGCGCGAAAAUUGAAGACAACAUAAAUCGGCCCCCUCCCUCCAAAUUAGGGUUUGUUUCUUCUUCUUCUUCUUCUCCAAUCACCAUAAAUUAUUGACAUAAAAAAUGGCGAAUUUCUUAGAGCAGCUAGCAAAGAUCAAAACUUUAUUGACCACUAGUGCUAGCACUGCUGCUUCUCAUCAUCAAAUAUCAGAAAAGGCCCUUGCUUACUCAACACUCUUGCAUCUUCAAGAACAAGCCACUGAUGACCCUGCCCUUAUCCAAUCUCUCGCUGAUUCCUGCAAUUAUCUUAUCUCUUUUAUUCUUGUCGAUAUCUCGAGCCACGACGAAGAAAUUGCUGCACAGGCUUUGAAGUGCUUGGGAUUCAUGAUUUAUCAUCCUUCGGUUGUUUCGGUCAUUUCGGCAAAUGAUGCUAGUAAAAUUUUGGAGAUACUAGAGAAACUGAUCACCACUACUCAUAUAAAGUCGGUCUGCAAUUUAGGAGUAUGGUGUAUAUCAAUCCAACAACUCAACUUAUCAUUUUUGGCUGACAAGCACCAUUCUCUGUUAAGAGCAAUUAUUCAUGCCCUUGACAAUCCGAUUGGUUCGCUGUCAACUACCUUCGAGGCUAUGCAGGCUGUGGUUAAGUUGACAACUCAGUUAAGUGAUAUGAUGAAAGACACUUCUCAUAUAUGGGCUCCUCCAAUAUAUAGAAGACUACUGAGCAUCGAUAGAAGGGAGAGGGAUAUGGCACAAAGAUGUUUACUGAAGAUUAAAUCUACAAUAUAUCCUCCAGAGCUAGCUCUUGCAAAGGUGGUUUCUAUAGAUAUGAAGAGGAAACUGCUUCCUACAAUGAAGGAACUAUUAAGCCAAGGCUUAAAGAUUCAAGUUUUACAAGCAUGGGGAUGGUUUAUUUGCUUAAUUGGACCUUAUGCUGUGAAGAAUAGGCAUUUGAUAAAUGAAAUGCUGAAAAUUCCCGAGCAGACAUUUUCUGAUCUUGACCCACAAAUCCAGAUUGCUUCACAGGUUGCUUGGGAAUGUCUGAUUGAUGCUCUUAUUCAGCCUCCGAAACAAGCUCCUGAGACCAGUAGUGGUCACAAUAUUGAUAAAGCAAAAAAUCCUCUUGAAUCUAAUGAGUUUGAAACAGAUAAACUCUUAAAAAGAAUUAAGCUCAUAAUGACACCCCUAACAGGAAUCAUGUCCAGUAAAUGUGAUGUAUCUGUUCACUUAUCCUGCCUGAAGACUUGGUGUCAUUUGCUUCAAAAUCUUGACACCUACGUCAACUGUCCGUCGGUAUUCAAGUUUGUUUGGGAGCCUAUGCUUGAAAUUGUUUUCCGAAUCAGACCUGAUAAUAAGAACAUGUUGUUAUUAAGUAUCUGCACAGAUCUUCUUGAUAAUUUUGCUUCAACCAGAAGUAAAGAUCUGAGAUAUGACUUGAACGACCAGAUAAGUUCUCUUCUAUCCUCUGAAAUUCAAAUUCCUGGACCUCUUUUUUCUGGAGAGCUAUCAUGGAAGCAAUGUUCAGUUAAAUGGUUGCCUUGGGAUCUUACUCAGUUAGAUUUCUAUACGAAUAUGUUGGAUAUCCUCAUUAGUCACAGUUCAGCGAUCUCUAUUGCCCCUGAAAUAAAAUGUUUAUUAUGUGCUGCAGCACUGAGAAUAUUUAGAACUGUUUUGAGAGGAGUCAAAAUCAUUCUGAUGGAUUCCUCCAUUACAUAUGAAGAGACCAUGGUAUGUAUAAGAAAAAUAGUGAUGUUUGUGAACAAAAUUUGUGAAGUUGCAGUAGACGACAGUGAAAAUAAUCAUUUACAUCGUAUAUCCCUCCAAUUUGUGAAGGCUGUAACUGAAGAAUUAGAUGCUUUUAUAUUGGGAUCUCCGCUUUAUAAAAUAGCAUUAGACUCCAAGUUCGUUAACAACUUGAGAACUGUCAGUGAUUUCAGACGAGGAAAGAUGCCUGGUACUUUGUCCGUGGAUCACUUAAACAUGGUUACUCCUAUUGUUUGCCUAACAGUAUGUUAUAUGUGCGUGUUAAUUAGGUUAACUCUAGAUGUACCAGAGGCAGGAUUUGCUAUACAGGAGAUGUCUGGAUAUUUACGUUCAAUAUUGUCCUCGUAUAGUCCUCUUGAGAUUCUCCAAGCAAUUAAUAGUUUAUUGUAUAAUCAUUUGGUUUCUGAAUGCUUAGAUGCCUGGGUAGUUGUAGCCAAUUGUCUAAAGGAUUACCUAGACAGUGUGAAGGACCUCUCUGUACUGGAAACAGAAUCCGACAAGCAUGGAUAUACUGUUUUAUGUCAUUUCUUGUGCUAUCCUGUUGCUGUAUUCUACAUCUCUCAAAGGCAAUCGUCACCAGCAAAGACAAAUGGCUCCCUGCAAUCUUCCAUUUGUUUGAAAGCACAGAGAAAGCAUGGGCUUGAAAUAGUUGUUGAAAACUGGAGGUUGCUUUAUGUUUCUGUAAAUAAAGCCUCACAACCCAAGUGUUUCUCCUCGAAGAGUUUCACUGAAGAUCUGUGUUCAAUGUUAAAUUGGUGGCUUGACGAAAGAAGAGAUAAUAUAGACACUGACAGUGAGCUAAUUCAAAUCGAAAAGGUUCGGGAUUAUGAAAUUUUCUAUUUGUGUGGAGAGAUUGUGAUAAGUGUCUUUGAACAAUCUAUGAUAAGUGAAAAAAAGGGCGGUACUACAACCGGAGAAAUUGGCAGUUCUCGGACAUCUACAACUGGAGAAAUUGGCAGUUCUCGGACAUCUAAUAGCAUCAACAAUAUCUUACAAUUUACUUCAAGAUAUGUGAGUCUGCCAUGGGCAAAGGUACCAUCAACUGCAUCUAUUGACCUUGCAGUAGUCUCCAGGGUGUUCUCUACAUUGGUGCAUUUUCUAGACUGUCUUUUCUUCCAAGAGCAAAUUAUUUCUUUUAUGGAGAUUAUGGGACAGCCGUUGUGUGAAUGGAUAUCUCAUCCAGAAUUACAGGAUGAGAGCAGCAGAUAUCAACUUCAGCUAUUAUGGGUCAAAAUGCUGAACAGUUUAAGAUCGAGUUGGCCACCAAUCAACUUUGAUUCCUCCUUCCUGAAGUUGCAGGCACCCCUACUUGAAUCAACUCUUGACCACCCAAAUAAUGCCAUCUCCAAGCCUACCAUGAAGUUCUGGAAUUCUACAUAUGGAGAACAGACUCCGUUAAAUUACCCUAGAAGUUUAGUUCCCAUCCUAGACAAGCUCUCAAGAAAUGGAGCAAUCAAGCUCUGCCGAGCAAGUCAUUUUAAAUUAGAUAGUAUACAAGGAUACAAAGUGACUACAACACCAAACCCAGGUUCCAAACGGGUAGAACUGGCGGAAGGCACGCAGAAAAAUUGUCAUCACAAUAAUUCGAGUUUAAAAAGGAAAACGCCAGAAUUAACAGAACAUCAGAAGGAAGUGAGGCGAGCACAACAAGGAAGAGUGAGGGACUGUGAUGGAAGGGGUCCUGGUAUCCGUACUUAUACGAGUGUAGAUUUCUCCCAAGCAAACGAAGAAUCACAAGAGAGCCAGGAAAUUCGAAAUGCAGAUGCAAUCUUGGAGAUGUUGAGAAAAGAUGGCAAACUAGCUUGAGCUUUCAUGACCUGGUUUUAUGUAACAGCCUCAGUGUGUCCACCUGUGCAUAGUCUUGUCUGUAACUGUAAUUU